GGUAUGGCUGGUGGAGAGCUUGUUAUUACUCCUGUCGAGAACACUGGCUUCUCUCCAGAGGAUGCUACCAUUGUGGGAAACACCUGUCUGUAUGGUGCAACAGGAGGUCAAGUGUUUGUUAGAGGAAAAGCAGGCGAACGUUUUGCUGUGAGAAACUCUCUUGCGGAAGCUGUUGUUGAAGGCACUGGAGAUCAUUGUUGCGAAUACAUGACUGGUGGCUGUGUUGUUGUUUUAGGAAAAGUGGGCAGGAAUGUAGCUGCUGGCAUGACUGGUGGUCUUGCUUAUAUUCUUGAUGAGGACGACACACUAAUUCCGAAGGUAUCUUUCAAUCCUCUCUCUUUCACUUUUUCCAAA